CGCGGGGUAGAGCAGUUUGGUAGCUCGCAAGGCUCAUAACCUUGAGGUCACGGGUUCAAAUCCUGUCUCCGCAA